AUGAGUGGGAGCAAGAACCGCAAGGAUCAUCUUCUGGGAACUAUCCAAGCUUGGACUCCUGAUAGAUUAGCGGCGAAUAAUCGGUUGAUUCAAAUUAGACAAGAUGAAUUGGAUGAAUUUGCAGAGAAGAAAGAAGAAGCAGAGAAAGAGAAAGAGAAAAAAGACAAGGAAGCGGGUAAAACGAAAGCUCCUAAACCUCAUGAAGUGGAUGCGGCGAAGAUGGUUGAAGAUUUCGUUAAAGAAUGGUCACCCCAACUUGGUAAAUUUCUCGAGACCUUUUGUCCGACCUAUCGAGCUCUACCAGCCUUCGUAAUACUUCAUAUACUCUUCUGGUGGUCAUCUCCUUGGUACCUUCAUUUCGUCAUACCUUAUCCUAUCAUUUAUUUGGUACCGGCAUGGUGUACCUUUUUAUCGCUCUUUGAACCGAAUAAAGAGAAUCAACGAUUAUGGGAAGCUUAUUGGAUCAUUUUAGCAUGUAUCGAAUACUCUGAAUCUCUAGUAUUUGGAAGUACGAUUUCUUUGUUCUGGUAUCCUAAAAUCAAAGCUCUUUUAUGUCUGUUCCUCUAUUCAACAACUUCCAAAGAAAAACGGCCUAAAAUAGACGAAAAGGGACGUCCUGUUGUAGGAAGAGAUAGACGACCCGAGAUGGAAACCGUCGGCGUUUAUCCUGCAUUGAUUUGGAUCAAGCCUGUUCUACCUCCCGUCGAAAAGAAGGAAGGAUGA